GUUUCUUUGAGUGGAGGCGGAGGAAAACUUGUUCGCUCCGACAGCAUGAUUGGCAUCUUUUCUGGCGGUGAGGAUUCCCCGCCCGUUCCAAUCGGAGGCGGCUGUAAUAGCAGCGUCAUUCAUCACAACGGCGGAGUUAGCUCGCGGGGAUACUGUCCAGCCGGACAAGAGCUACGAAGCUGGAUCAGUAUGAGUGCAGAGACAUGGCGAACAAUUCAAAACUACCCCGACCUGUACAGGUUCGCCAACAUGAAGUUGCUACAGCAAAAUCACGAGCUCACAGCUAUCAGCCAAAUUCUGCAGGAAAAGCAUCUGACUUCCUCAACGGCGCAAGCCGACGCACAGAAGCAAGUUGACAGCGCGCUUUCCAUCGUGGAUGCUGACAAGAUAUUGAGCAAGAAGUAUCAGCAGACUAUGGAGGUGGAAAUCAGGUCGAAACUCCAAACCUACUUCGACGAGGUGCAGCAAAAGAUGGAGAGCGAUCUGCGGGAUCAGGCAAAGGAGAAGCUGUUGACCUACGACAACGACCUCAUGGAGCAGUACCAGAAAAAGUUUCGGGAGCUCGUUCGCUGUCACUGCGAUGGCCUUCAGCACGAGGCGCUGCUCUUGCUACAAGAGACCGCCGCAGAGAAGAGUCGGGAAAAAGGCGUGGCGCAGAUUGAUGACCUAAUCGAGAAAUUCACCAGGGAUUCUCGUUUUCGGAGGGCGACAGGUGCUGGCGACAUGCAGCCAGAUGAUGACUCGCUCGGUGACGGAGCGGAGGGGGGAGCACCUCCUCUGACGGAUGAACAGAAGACGGAACUCAUCUCAGCAGAAUUCGACAGCGUGUGGCGCGGGAUCGUCACGAGUAUGCACCAAAAGCUACAGCUGAGUCAGGACGAGACCCGGCUGUGGUCGCUUCUUAAAGGGAGCUACGCACAGCACCAGAAUUUUCCUCUUAGCAUUUUUGGAGACUCUGACUUCGAAAUGCACAUGAAAAAGCUCUUAGAGUCCACGUCAGAUUGUGACGCCCUGGAGAACAAAAUUGUGAAGUGCAUGUUUGAAUCGGGUAUACCUUGCAUGAACAAAAGCACCAGCGCCUUUGUCAACGCAGCUCCGGAGGAUCUCCCAGAUAUUCUUUAUCGCAGUGGCGGAACAUCGUCGGAGGCAGUGUCCUUUCUUUCGCCUGGCGAUUUCUACGACGUAUAUCACGUUCAAGAGCGCUACGACUGGAGCGAAUUUGCUAAAGCUGUUGAUUGGAUGAGAAUUUGGUGUACCCUGCAGGAUUACGCAGAAAAUUCCGCGUUAGUGCCUGACGCGCGAUGCCGGUUGUUCCACCUUCUAAUUGCGGAAAACUUUCAAGAAUUCGGGUUUUCCCUAUCCCAGGACUUCCAACAAGCGAUUUUGACCAUUUUUGAGAACUGUGAUCGAAACGUGGCUCCUUCAGUGUGGAGUAACCUCUUUGGCUCAGGAAACAAAACAAAGCGUCCGUCGGAAUCGAUUGCGCUUGAGUGUGACAAAUUCUCGGAGUUUCGGACGGCACGAAGGCGAGAGGAGGCACGACAAAGCCGAAUUGCGAUGCCUCAAAGCGGCAGCGAUUCCGCACACGAAGCAACAUCAGGAUCAACGCCAAGCAGCUCGGGGUCACGUCGCAAUACUUCUAGGUGUGCUGUACUACUAGCGAUUCCGAACUUUGCGCAGCAGCGACAACUACACAACAGUGAUUUUGUAGAUCUCCGGAAGAUCAAACGUGUCGAAGAGCGGCAGCUAAAGCCACCUAAGUUUGAGGUUCCGCACGUUGUGCAAGC